AUGACCGAGGGCCUUGGCCUAAUCGGUUUUCCGUUGCAGGGCAACGCAGCGCUGGAGAGCUGGAACGGCAAGCUCGCAUCGGGCACCACGCCUUACCAGGUUGCCAAUAUCAACUCCAUCACCUACCAGGUGGUGUCUGGCGUCCUCAUCACCACCGACCUGUCGGUGACGAAUGGCGUUCACACUGUGAAUCUGGUGGCCACCCAACAUCUGAGUUCCCAAGUGGGUUCUUCCAUGCUCAGCACCACCACUGUCGCUGCACCUGUCGGUACGGGCGCGGCGGCGGUCAGCGGGGCUGCGGUCGCUCUUGCGGCCCUCGGUGGUGUGGCCCUCCUGGUGGUCCUGUCGGUCUCUGCCGUGGCCGGAACGGUGGUCUACCGGAAGCACCGCAAGGCUCAACGGACCCUCGCGCAGCAGGAACCCGACCAGUUCUCGCCCCACGCGCAGAUCGAGAUGGACAUGAUUAUGCAAGGCAUUCAGUCGAGUAAGGAGGAGGAGGAGGAGGAGGAAACGGGCGAUGGUGCUCGACUUAAGGCCGCACAUACGGACGGCGGCGGCGGCGAGAAGCCGACGUGGCGGAUGCGUAUCAAGUCCAUCACUGCGCGCAGUCCCACCAUCCUUGUGGAGGGCAGCAACACGAGCCGUCGGCCUGUGCCGCUGGGGGGCAUCGUUGCCGCGGGCAGACCUCCCCAACAGCAGCAGCAGAAGGGCCCCAAGGCAUGA